AUGUUUUCUUCGAUCUUUUCAACAGCACCCCCUGUCGAUCCGACAGCCCCCAACUUCCACUCCGUCUCGUCUAGUGUACCCGAGAAUGAGCUUUUUGGUGAACUUGAGCCCAAAGAUACUUCGCUUUUGUGUGCAGGAGGCUUUGUGACGGAGACCCAGACCUUCUAUGUCAUCACCGAAGAUGGCACUGUAUGGUAUCCAACCAUCCAAUUCACAUGCAAAAUUGCCAAUCCAUCGAAAGGAGAGAAGAUCUGGAAGUCUGUCAAUGUCAACAAUUUUGUGACGCCUCCCCCAGGGGGCUACGAUAAACGCUCGAGCAAGGCGGACGAGUACUCUGUCCUCUACAAGGCGACUGCUGACCCAGAAUACCCCGAAGGCUACACGAUCCGUGCAAACCUUGGUAACGACCUCCAGAUCUCGUUAGAAGUCACUCGACCUGCCUCUAUUCCUGGCUACAAGGUUGGAAAGGGCCCAGAGGGAGGAUAUUCAUACUUUGGUGUUGAUCCCAAGAAAGCAGAUGGAUAUGUAAUCCACCGAUUCUGGCCUCGCUUCAAGGCAACAGGACACAUCAUCCGCAGCGGGCAGGCUGAGUCGAUUCAGGGAAGCGGAAUGUUCGUGCACGCUAUUCAAGGCAUGAGGCCUAACCUUGUUGCAUCUGCGUGGAACUUUGCGCACUUCCAGAGCGAGGAGCUCGGAGGCGUCUCUGCAAUCCAAAUGGAAUUCACAACAACUGAGACGUACGGUAAGAAGGGUUCAGGAUCUGGAGGAGUGGUGGUCAACGUCGGAUCUCUGGUGAUUGGGAACAAGUUGGCCACUGUCACGGCGGAGACGAAGUGGCCAGGAGAAACUUCUUCGGGUCCUGUCAUCUCACGCGCGCAUCAUCUCAAACCAGAACACGACCCCGACACCAGCUACCAGAAACCUUCAGAAAUUGAAUAUCAAUGGAAAGCACCCUCUGUUGUCCCUGAUGCUCCUGGUAUUGUCGAAGCCAAACUGCACGUCGACCUUGGGACGAACGAAAAACAUCAAGGUUUGAUUGAGAAGGUGGACAUCCUUGCAGAAAUUCCAUAUGUGAUUAAAGUUGCCGUAAACUAUGUCGCAGGAACGAAGCCCUACAUCUACCAGUGGCUGAAUAAGACGAAGCUCUCAAUCACCGGACCAGAAGCUUUGGCCCCAGGGCUCUCGUCUGGAGUGGAGGUUGCAGGAACGUUGUAUAAUGAGGCCACUUUUAUCUCAUAA